AUGGCUACCGAAACUGGUGCAAGUAUCGUGUCAAAUGAGCGAUGUGAUGUAAAUAAUACGAUCGAGGAAGUAUUCGAGCCGCCACGGAGAGAAACGACUAAUGGAAAAGUGGCAAAAACACCGUGGAACAGUGUUACCAACGAGACAAACGAGUUUACGAAUAGUUUAGCCGUGCAUUCAAUCAGGACGCCCACGAUUUUCUCUACAGCGUCAUCGUUCAGCACAAACACCGAAGGGAGAGAAACGCAGAGGAACGUGAGUUUCAUGAGCUCCUCCGGUGAUGUGGAGGAACGUGCUACGUACAAACUCGCCAUCAACACUGCGUUGCACGUACCAUCCAUGGAACCGCGCAGCAUGUCCAACAACAGGAGUGAUUUGGACAGUAUUCGCAGCGAACAACCAAAUGGGAACCCGGAUCAUUGCAACAAUGAAUUAAUAAAAACUGUAAUAGAGCCAAGUCAACAUGCAGUUCAUGUUGACUCAGUGUCUAGCAAAGAUACGAUAUCCAGUGGCAUACACUCUUUGCCAACGCUACCAGAAGGCUGCGUAAACUUUGAGCAUGGCAACACACCUCAAUUAGGGGAAAGUCCUCAAAGUAGCAAUGGUGAGGUGAUCAACAGUCCAAGGAGUCCAGAUUACCCUCCAAGAGUCUCCAACAGUCCCAACAGCCCUGAGACAAUGUUUCCCAGCAGCAUGACAUCUGCUGUUGUGACUUCGACUAUUAUAAUGGACACGUACAACCAAGAAAACGCAAGCAAUUUAACUGCAAAGAGUUUAAUGUCUUAUUCAUUCUGCGGACAACACAAGAAAGCAGAUGAACAAGUUUCCGUUGCACAAAUAAACUCGAAUGAGGAAGAAAAAAUGGAUAAGGAGAGAGAUACCACCCUUAGAGAGAUAAAAACAGAGGUGGUGGAAGUUAAAAUGGAAGAAGCAGAUUCCAAAGAGCAAUUAGACAUAGUCAAGUCUGAUUGGUCUAACAACAGCGUACCUGCGAUAGUAGCAGGCCAAACAGACACCAUGCUGUCUCACAACAAACCAAUGAACUGCAUCAGUUCUACAUCUUCGAAUUCUCAUUCUAAAUCGUAUUCUUCAAGAGACAAACGAAACAAGGAACACAGCGAGAGGCGUUACUGUUCGAGAUGUUACAAGCGUAGCAAAAUAAAAAGAGCAAGCAUCGGAGUACAAUGCAAGCGAGAUCGUAGUGUGGUUUCAUUGAGCAGCAAACCACUGUCUCAUGUGUUCUCCAAAACUAUGAAUGAGAAUCUUAGGUUAAACUUGCAAAUGAAGAACUAUAAAAUGCUCCACAAUCCUCUGUUUAAGGGUGAGUUACUUGAAGGCCUAAAGUACAAGAAAUUCAUUCAUAUAGAAACUUAUCCCAAUGGUGGUGCAACUGUUGUGCAUAUGUAUCAAGAUGAGAUUGAUACAUUGUCGCAUGAACAAGUAGAGGAAUUAGCUCAAGAGUAUUUCAAGGUAGUUUUCGGUGAAGAUGAGAAUGGCAAUGCACAUCACGUCAUGGGAAUAGUGCACAAUGCUGCCGCGUACCUUCCUGAUUUGUUGGAUUACAUGGCUGACAAUUAUCCAACAUUGACUGUCAAGAAUGGCGUGUUAGGAAGAAGUAGUGACAUAGAGACCACGACUAUGGCACAGUACAAAGAACAAGUUUGUAAAGCUUAUAGUAACGGAACAAUUAGAUAUGGACCUCUCCACCAGAUAAGUCUCGUAGGAACUGUUCAUGAAGAAGUUGGCGGAUACUUUCCAGAUCUUUUACAAAAACUGGAAGAAAACCCAUUUUUAAAACUGACGAUGCCUUGGGGCCCUCUCUCCGUAGUAAAGAUGGAGACUCCCCAAGAAUCAAACGAUGGCCCAAUUCUUUGGAUCAGACCGGGUGAACAAUUAGUCCCAACGGCAGACAUAAACAAAAGCCCUUACAAAAGGCGUAGGACAGGCAUAAACGAACUAAGAAAUCUCCAAUACCUACCCCGCCUCAGUGAAGCUCGCGAGUACAUGUUCGAAGAUCGCACCAAAGCCCACGCGGACCACGUAGGCCAUGGCUUGGACCGAAUGACAACAGCUGCAGUCGGCAUACUGAAAGCAGUGCACGGUGGGCAAACCUCAGAGUACAACAGAAUCACAAAAGACGUUGUGGCUUUCUACGCUGGAGAUUUUCCAGAGCUGGUCGAAAAAUUGCAAUUAGACCUCCACGAACCACCUAUUUCGCAGUGCGUGCAAUGGGUUGAAGACGCCAAAUUGAAUCAGCUGCGAAGACAAGGUAUUCGCUACGCGCGAAUAAAUCUGUACGAUAACGAUAUCUACUUCCUCCCACGCAACAUAAUUCACCAGUUCAGAACUGUGUCUGCAGUUUCUAGCGUGGCAUGGCACGUCAGAUUAAAACAGUAUUACCCAGAGUCGCAGCAUAAUUCAAACAUUAGGCACACGCGCGUUGCGAAUGAACCGUCCCACCGUAUCAAAGAAAAGAAGCCUCUGGAAGUUGUAAACAUAGGAGACGAGCAGAAGGAGAAUACCAAUCGCCAACGAGUGGAGCAGAAGCACUCUAUCGACUCCUUCGAAGAGAAGAAAGCGAAAGAGAGGGCUGCUGAGUACCAAGGGAAUUUGAAGAAGUCGGAUCAGCAUGGUAAACGCAAGGAAGAGCGUAAAAGCAGAGAUUAUAAUAGACAUUCUUCCGUUUCGGGUAAGAGGAGAGAUUCUGAAGAGAACAAUGACUCUGAUCUCUACAAUAGCAAAUCUUCGAAGAGUGCUACCGAAAACCAAAAGCAGAGUGGUGAUAAGAGGAAUGAUAAGAGGUCUGAGAGAAGACACGAUAGUCGACGUCGAUCCAACGGGAAGUCCAGUCACCACUCUCACAGUAACAGCAGUAGCAGUAAUAGUCACUCUCCUGGCAAGAAGAAGUACGACUGUGGGAACCACAAGCUAGUCCACCAUCGUCAUCACAGCAGAUGUAGCAGUAACACAUCCAGCAAAGAAAGCAUUUCAAACGUAAUAAAAUCGAAAUCCAGCAGCAAAUUCACCAACUCUGUGUCUUCUUCCAAAGAGAGCAAGAGACGACUAAGUUCUUCGGAUCUUUGUACUUCGGAACACAGUACCUCUGACUGUAUCGUCAUUCUUGAACAGGACCUGUUAUCGCAGAGACAACUGGUAGCGAAGACGUACGCCACGGAAGUGGUGGACAAGGCUCUGGAAAUCGCUAUUUACAAAUCAAAGACUGACGUGGAGGAAGUUUGCCAGUCCCUGCGAACUGGAGUUGCAGAAGCUUCGAAAGAAGUACUAGAAAAAAUACACAAGGAAAGCUUCGAGAUCGCUGAACAGAAGUACAAAAAAGAUAUAUCAAAAUUAGAGCGAUACUGUCAAUUACUGGAGAUAGAAACAACGCUGGCUUUCACGUCGAAGAUGGAGUGCGCGACUGAGAACGCAGUGAAAGCACUGAUCGAAAUGGCUGAGGACGAAGCCAAGGAGAGAGCGAAGAAUGAGAAGGUUUGCACACCAGUCACUGCUAACUCGUGCGAAGAGAGUUCAGUGUCAAAGAUUCCCAAUUCUUCGUCUUGUUCUUCGAUUACGUCUACCUCUCCAGUGGCAGAAGCUGAGAGGCAUAGUAGUAACAGUAGGACUGGCAGCAGUGAUGAGAACUCAUCCAAAUUGUCGUCAAACUGUAUGUUGCAUUUGGAGUCCAAGCGAAAACACAGAGACGACAAGGAUUCCAGAAACAGGCAUAAGGACAGGAGAGAUAGAGAUAGACGGGACAGAGAACACAAAAAGCAUCGUCAUCGGAGUCCUCACCAUAAGCCUGAUAGCAAACCUGAAGAAGGUAGCAGCAAAGAGGAUUUAUUGAAAAUUUCUUCGCUACCUAGAGAUUACAACAUUUCUAGCAAAACCGUUGAUCGCACGGAUAUCAAAGACAGCGAAAGAAAACCAGAAAAGAGAAGAGACGGACAUCACAGUCACGGACGGGACAGUCAGAAGAAGUCAUCCAGCAGUCGCUCCUCCAAAGAGGACUCAGCAUCCAGUCGCUCUCACUCUUCGAGUUCCAACCACAAGAGGAAGUCGAGUUCAUCGGAAGAACACAAGGAAGCGAAGAAAUCAUGCAUGGAGAAAGAUGUUGACACCGAAACGGUGGAACAGAAUACUCUUGAUGCUACGUUAACUCUGAUAACAGUGACAACAGUGGCUCAAUCAUCGACAAGUACUGUUGUGUCAACAUGAACAGGUGAAAAUUACUUUACACUGUAGUACAAUCUGCUUAUUAGAAUUUACAGAAAUAUGAGACGUGCACCAACAACAUAAAUUUUUAGAUCUUGUCCUUAGAAACAGAGUGUUUUGAUCGGUUAAACUUUCACCAUGAUUGAAGGAUUGAGGAUUUGUUUUUAUGCAAUUGUUAAAACGCCUUAGUCUUUAGCAAAGAACUCGUAACGAAGAUUAUUUUGCUAUGAAAUCUCAGAGCGUCUCAUAUAUAUUGCUGAGGAAUCGAAGGAAAGAUAAAAAGAAUAGAUAUUUAUAGAAUAGUUGACCAAUACGAUACGUGUACAAACUAAAUUUGUACAAACAUGUGAUCAGAAAUUAAAAAAAGGUUUACUGUACACUGUAUAUAUAGAUUCAUACGUUACUCUGUUCAGAGAAUCGUCUUGCAGCGAAUCUUGUUUAAGUUUACAUGUACAUAUAUAAUAUAAUAUUGUGUGUAUGCGCGCGCGCGAGUAUGUAUGUAUGUGUGUGUAUUUGACGAUUGUAUGGCUAUAUACAUAUAUGUGUAUAUUGUGUAUACCUGAGGCAAAAAAGAUUUCUUCGUACUAUAGCAAUGUGAAGUGUAUUUCAACUUCCAAUUGGUAGAUUAUUUAUGCAAACUGAUUGAUUGCCUCUUUGUAACAACAUGAACCAGUCUUUUUUGCUGAAUGUACUCAUGUAUACGCAUACAUUUGAAAGAGAAAGUGUAAUGACUGUAAAUUAUUUAUAAUUUCAUUGAACAUUCUACAUUACUCAAAGGGUUCGGUUUACUUUGCAAUUUAACAAGAAAAGUUCUUAACGCCACCACCUAUAUCAUCAUUGAUAUUUUCAACGAACUGGUCUUCUGUAAUUUUGAGCUAUUUAAAAUUCAUGUUUUACCAACAUGCGGGGAUAUCUUGUGUACUGAUUAUAGAGUGAGAGAAACAUUGUAUUGUUGUUCGAAAAGGUGUGUGUGUUUUCAUGUCCCGCAUGAAAAGUCCAAUUGUCAUAAUGUAUUGCUGGCGAAACACUAUGUACUAGAUCUUUUCUAUUUAAACAGAUUUUAUUUAUACUGUGAACUUGAUGGAGAUGGCCAUCGACAGCAAGCUCUCAGUGUAUAUGCAGAUUUAAUCUUACGGUGUUAUUCACAUUUAGUUUACUUAAUAAUUAACAAUCAAUACAGCGAGUUGUUCGUCAACCUUAAUACUUCUUCCACUUGGAUAGAAUGUAAGCGAUUCAGAAAUUAAUAGUCUUAAGAACAUGCGAGUGGAGUUAUAGCAAUUGGCAGUAUAGAUUUGUGCAUACAGAUUGUUAUUCAACAGCUAUGUCUAAAUAUUUUACAUAAUUGGAGAUCUUUAAGUUAUUAGUAGCAACAUGUUGACUCGUACAGUUCCUAAUUUACCUGACGUUUACAAAAUUAAAUUAACAUAAAAUCUAAAGUAGAAGUUUCAUGAUACUUUGUUCAACUAAAGGACAUGUUUUCAAGAAUCUUAUUAUUUCAUUCAAUGUUGAAAUUUUCAAAUUCUUUGAUGAAUGGUUUCAGUUGAACUUUACAUGAUACAUGAUCUUUAGAUUUCUGCAAGGGGUGAUGAACAUUUUAUAAAAUGAGGCUUGUAAUAAAUUUUUCGCUAAGAAUGAUUUCUAAUGCUUACUUAGAUCAUCUUUUAAAAGACGCAUUAAAUUUGUUUUUAGAUUUAUUUUAAACAUCAAUGCUAAAUUAUUUUAUAUUUCUUAUGUCUGCUGUUUGUAAUGGCAAAGUAAUAUUGUUUUUUUUUUUCUUAUUUAUAUGCUGCCUUUUUAUAUAAAAUAAUUAUUAUGAACAUUUAUAUUUAUGGUAACCGUUCAGUAUAAAAUAUGUUACUAACGAAAUUUAACUUUACUUAAGAAUUUUAAAUCUUUUAAUACUGUAAAUAUAAUUGACGAAUCACUGAAAUUCAAUACAAAUUUUCUUUAAUCACGUAUUAUAAUAUAAUAUACAACAAUUCUUGUAACAUUACAUAUUACAUAUUACAAGAAAAUUGCGUUGGCUCACAGAAUGGCUUUUUCUUCUUAAUGGUAAAUAUCAGUUAAUUUACUUUGAACGAUAGGAGAUGCACUUGUAUGCACAACACGUUAUUGUUACGGUCCAUUAUAAUAUUUUCUGUAACUGUGUAUGCUGUAAAGUAAGUUAUUCUAUUUAUUUCAUAUAAAGAAUGAAGUCUCCAUAAACUAUGUUUCUGCAGAGAAUUAGUUUUAUUUUAUUUCUUACAUUGCAGAAUAGCUAUUGUACAAGACCUACUUUCAAGACGAAACUAUUUAUAAAAAGGCAUGAAGUGUAUUGCUAGCAUAUGCACAAUCUAUACAACCAACCGACAUGCAAAGUUAAUCGCACAGUUUCCACGAAACUUUGAUUUAAAAAAUGUUUUUAGAGCUAUCGUAUUAAUAGAAUGGUAUCGAAGAGGAAAGGUGUGAAGGAAGUUGUAAACUAGUUACGGUUCUGUUUUAUGUGCUUCAUACUAUCAAACGCAUGAAGCAAACAUUCAUCGAAGGCGUACUUAAUGUGGUUGUCUUCCAAAAUGGACCAAAUUUGAAACAUCAACUCACAAACUAAAUAGUUUUCAUCGUAUAGUCAUCUCAAUUUAAUUAUCACAACUACGUAUUGGAUGUACUCCAUCGCAGUCUCAUUAAUAGUUACACUACUGUGCUUAGUUAAUACUAAAAUUUGCAUAUUGUAUUUAAAAUAAUCAUCGUUGAAAAAUCUCGGAACAAACCAACCGCAAAAGUAAGAUACAGGGUAUUCGUUUAGAGAUAUGCAUUCAGAUUAAAACAAGCUGAUUCAUCAGACUUUUAUAACGUUCAUCGUCAACACUUACACAUUACCCACUACGAUCAAAUUUAGGUGAGAAUAUUACAUUUGCAGGGCAUUAAAUUUCAAUCUAGCUUCUGCGUAGUGAGGCGUACAAAAGGGAAGUUGUAAUUCGCACAGGAUCAACUUCUACAUUUGUGUCCAUUGACUUCAUUUGUAAUUAUUGUUGAGUAUGAUGAGUAGCUGCGAGUACUUAUUGGUACUUGAGAUGGUCCUACACUUUCUUUGACCAAUUAUACAUUUGUGGAGUAUUACAUAUAUAUACAUAUAUGUAUGUUACAACAGGAUGGUCUGUAGGAAGUAUUUUAUUUUCUGUAACUAUUUUUGAUGCAUUAGGGUUUUCUGCAGCUUAUGUGGUACAUGAUGAUAUGAUAUACAAUUCAUGUUAACAUAAAUAACACUUGUUUAAAACUCUGUUUUUGCUAUGCAUAAUGUGAACGAUGCAACUAUAUUCAUCAGUUUUAUAUUUCUUGUUGUAUCUCAAAUACUAUGUACAGUAAGAAAUACACUUUAAAUGAAUGUUAUUUGUUAUAUGUUGCAGAGAAUCUUAAUGUAACAAAAAGGACUGCGAUGCUUCCAGUGGAUCACUCUGUGUACAUUUGAGCACACGCUAAAGUUUGUUAUUCAUUGCGACAGUACAUUUGAUCACAAAAGAUCACAAAUAAUUGCUACAAAACCAAAUAAUAUAGGUGACGGACACUGAACAAUUUCAAGGUGCCUUUACUCUGUUCGCCGCAAGCAAAAAGUUCUGAUAAUUGAUUUGUAAGCAUAAGUUUCCCCUCCGCUAGCACUAUCUAGAGGAUCACAUCAUUUUAUUUGAGUAUCGAUUCUCAUUUUCAUGAGAAAGGGAGAAAGCAACGAACAUGGAGGACUACCUUUCGAUGCGUGUACAGGAAGCGUAUUCUGUGUAAAUAAAUGUAAACAAAAAUACAA